AUGGCACCGAACAAGAGGCAAACGAGCGUCAAGAUGACCGUCCCCACCAAGGACGAGAUCUUAGUGCCCGAGACUCUGCUCAAGAAGCGCAAGAGCCAGGAGAAGGAGCGCGCCGACAAGGCUCAGGAGCGUGAGGCCAAGAAGAAGCAAUCCAAGGAGAAGCGCCAGCAGAUCUUCAAGCGUGCCGAGUCCUACGUCAAGGAGUACCGCGACGCAGAGCGCGAGAAGAUCCGCCUCUCCCGUGUCGCCAAGCAGGAGGGCUCCUACUACGUCCCCGCCCAGCCCCGCCUUGUCUUCGUCGUCCGCAUCAAGGGUAUCAACAAGAUCGACCCAAAGAAGCGCAAAACCCUGCAGCUCCUCCGCCUUCUCCAGAUCAACAAUGGUGUCUUCAUCCGCCUGACCAAGGCCACCGCCGAGAUGCUGAAGAUCGUCGAGCCCUUCGUCGCUUACGGCUACCCCAACCUCAAGUCCGUCCGUGAGCUCAUCUACAAGCGCGGAUACGCCAAGUCGACCGACAAGCAGCGCAUCCCGCUCACCGACAACGCCAUCAUCGAGGAGCACCUGGGCAAGUACGGCAUCGUCUGUAUGGAGGACCUGAUCCACGAGAUCUACUCUGUCGGCCCCAACUUCAAGCAGGCGAGCAACUUCCUCUGGCCCUUCAAGCUCAGCAACCCGAACAAGGGCGGCUUCAGACCAAGAAAGUUCAAGCACUUUGUCGAGGGUGGUGACUUGGGCAACCGCGAAGAGUAUAUCAACGCGCUCAUUCGUCGCAUGAACUGA